GGUCAGAAGUUGCCGACAACUUAACAAAGUGAAACUAAUCCGGACGGGGAUCAAGAAUUUAAUAUGAUGGAGUGGCCUCAGUGGACCUUACGGCUGCGCCGGCAUGCUCAACUGUUCGGUUACCCCUAGAGUGAGGCUAGCCGGAACAAACAAGCAAGCAAGCUGAUUAGCUCUGUUUCGAGAUCCAUCGAUCGGCCUGGAGAACUUGAUUGGAAGCUUGCUAGAUUCGAUCAUUGAUCAGCAGUGAAUUACAUACAUUGAUCCAUCAGCUAGCUAUGUCAGAAAUCAGCAGCAGCUGCGCCUCACAAGUCAUCACAUGCAAAGCGGCGGUAUGUUGGGGAGUGGGGGAAGGGUGCAAGGUGGAAGAGAUACAUGUACAGCCACCACACAAGUGUGAAGUUCGUGUCAAGAUGCUCUAUGCCAGUCUCUGUCACACUGACAUCGUCAUCUCCAAAGGAUAUCCAAUUGUAUGCAAUGUUAGAAUGCAAGGUGCAGCUAAAAUUAUCGGUGUCGACAAAAAUGAGAUGAAAAGAGAAACAGGAAUUGCUUUUGGAAUGACUGAUUUUAUAAACCCUGAGAAUCACCAACCCGAACCCGAACACGAGCAAGAUCAUAUCAAAUCAAUUUCUGAGCUCAUCAAAGACUCUACAGAUGGAAUGGGUGUAGAUUAUUGCUUUGAGUGCACUGGCGUUCCACCUUUCAUCAAUGAAGCCCUUGAGGCCACAAAAAUGGGUAAAGGAAUGACAGUCGUGCUAGGAUUCGCAUAUACAGCACCCGUUCAAAUUAGUUUUCUCUCCUUAAUGACUGGCAGAACCUUUAAAGGAUCCAUGUUCGGAGGGCUCAAAGCCAAAACCGAUCUUCCCAUUCUAAUAAACAAAUGCAUGAAUAAGGAAAUGCAACUGGAUGAACUCUUGACUCAUGAAAUUCCUCUUGUGGAUAUUAACCACGCAUUUGAACUCUUAAAGAAGCCAGACUGGAAGGUUCUGAUCAAGAUUUGGCUCUGUUUGUUCGAGUUUUAUUUGUCAGAAUAAAAGAGUUUCAUUAUUUCCCAUAAUGAUGCUGAUGCCGAACCAUGUGGGACAUCUUACAUACCGUUUUCUACUUGAAGUAAAUUGGGGCAAACUAAAAUAACUUCGUUUAUGAACUGUACCAUACCUUAUUCCAGAAUGCAAAGCAUAUCGGACUUGAAUUAUAUAUUUGAGUUCAAUGAAUUAUAUAUAUGAAAUUAACAACAAGAA